GCAGCAAGAAACUUUCGCCUUGGAUCGCCCAAGAUGACGCUCGGACGUGGCUCGGCAAACGACUUACUUACAGCAAGCAGCCCUGACAAGUUUUCACGGGGAGGACGCCAACGCUAGGCACACCCGGCACCUCAAGGUCUAUGCCUGCCGGCACGCGAUGCUGUGUAUGUGACUAGGUCGCGCAAGACUAGCGUGAUAAUGGACCAGGGACCAGCAUUCAUCACGUCCCAUAUCAACCAACUCACCACAACCCUCCUGUUACUAACGGCCAAAGGAUGGUAGAAUCUCACCUCAUCCCCUUUCGCCUUUCACCGAAACCUCACCGUUCCACCGCCACCGUCAUCGGCACUACUGCAUCGCCCCCAUGUUGCCGUGCCUGUUCUCGUGAUACUAUCCCACGUGUGCAGCACACCCAUCCUAUUCAUGCCGUCGUUAGCCACGACCCCUCCCCCCCUUCGCAGGCUGAGUCCGCCCCAGUCUCGCUACCACCUACCGUCUCAAUCCAGCAUCCCGCCAUCGUCUUGAUGCAAAGCACAUUCUCGUCCGUCUUCCGCCUCGAUGCAAGACUUGGAAUGCCCAAAAGAUUGCGCAUGUACCGCCCCCCCAUACCAUGGGAGUCCUGCAGGUGGCCGCCACUCCCCCUUGCCCAAACGAAUUACCCUUCCUGGCAUUGCUGAGUUAGAUCCGCCGCCAGAUAUCCCAGCGACACCCCCCCCCCCCCC